GGACGGGCAGGGGCUUCCCCUGGCCAAGCCCCAGGAUGGAGGACCUGCUGGAAACCCUGCCUCGGGCGCUCUCCCCCUGACCUCCUGCUCCUCCUCUUCCUACGGUCAGGUACAAAUGGAGCCUUCGGCACGGCGGAUCCGCAGGCGCCCGUGAGGCUGAGAAACCGGCCGCCGUCUCUUCUGGACCCUGUCCGGGAUGACCAUGGGCGCCUUGGGGGGCCAGGAGAACUACAGCGUCCAAGCCACGGCCACCAUCGCCGCGGUCACCACGUUCCUCAUCCUCUUCACCAUCUUUGGCAACGUUCUGGUGAUCAUCGCGGUGUUGACCAGCCGGUCCCUGAAGGCUCCUCAGAACCUCUUCCUGGUGUCCCUGGCAGCUGCGGACAUUCUGGUGGCCACCCUCAUCAUUCCCUUCUCCCUUGCCAAUGAGCUGAUGGGCUACUGGUACUUCAGCAGGACCUGGUGCAAAUCGUACCUCGCGCUGGAUGUCCUCUUCUGCACCGCUUCCAUUGUGCAUCUGUGCGCCAUCAGCCUGGACCGCUACUGGUCGGUCAGCCAGGCCAUUGAGUACAAUUCCAAGCGGACCCCCCGGCGCAUCAAGUGCACCAUCCUUGUGGUGUGGCUCAUUUCGGCCUUGAUCUCCCUGCCCCCACUGGUCCUCAACGAGAACCAGAACAGAGCCAAAGAGGACACGCCAAAGUGCGAACUCAAUGAAGAGCCGUGGUAUAUCCUGUCCUCCAGCACCUGCUCCUUCUUUGCGCCCUGCGUCAUCAUGAUUUUGGUCUAUCUCAGGAUCUACUUUAUAGCCAAGCGCCGGAGCAGACAUCGGUCUCAGGCCAAGCUGCCCAAAGGGAGAGCAGAGGAGGAGAGGCCGCAGGACAUCGCUGGCCCCCCUGAUGCUGCUCUCCCCAAAGAUGACCAGGCGAAGCCGGGAGGGAAAGUGGAACCCAACGGACUGCAGGCCCCUCCCCAGGAAGGUGAGCAGACAGACUCCCAUUCCCCCUCUACCAAACACUUUUCUCUUGUAAACCAGGAUGACCGGGACCCAGAACCAGACUCCGCCAUCAGCCCUUCCCCGUCCUUGCCGGAGAAGAAGCCAUCUUCAGAAUCCAGCCCCAUGGAGUGCAUUCCCCAGAACAGCAUCCAGAGAGGCAACGGACCUCCUCCUCGUUCCCCACAAGCCAUGGACACCUUGGCCACUGCCAGAGGGGAGACCCUGCUGGUGAGGAAGGUGAAGACGCUCAGUGCCAACCCUUGGAAGAGGAGGACCCACCUCAACCGAGAAAAGAGAUUCACCUUUGUCCUUGCAGUGGUGAUUGGGGUUUUUGUUAUCUGCUGGUUCCCCUUCUUCUUCCUCUACAGCCUGCGUGCCAUCUGCCCCUCGGAGUACUGCCCCAUCCCGGACAGCACCUUCACAUUUUUCUUCUGGAUAGGUUACUGCAAUAGCUCGUUGAACCCUGUCAUCUACACCAUUUUCAACCAGGACUUCCGCAAAGCCUUCCGGAAAAUCCUCUGCAGGCAGUGGACUCAGACUGCUUGGUGAGACUGGCUGGAAUCCAACAGGGAGAGACAAAGAGGGGACACGGUGUGGGUCCCUGAUGACUCUAUUGACAAAAGAGGGAACUCGGCAACUAUUUAAACAAAAACAGAAACCUAUUUAUUUUUUUGGCUUUUGUCUUUGCAGACAAGGGAGCGAGGUGAGUGCUGGGUCCAAAGUGGCUUUUUUAGAAAGUUGAUUUUGCUUUGAUUGUGGGGGUGCGUGCGUGCGUCCAAAAGAGACGGUGUGUAUCUAAACACGCACAUGCGCAUCUUUUCUGCCAAUUUGUUUUUCACUAAAACUACGUGCCAAUGUCCGAAGUCUUCUGAUUAGUUCUUUGGAGGGAAGAACUCUUUCUUCUACUUUCUGGGCUAAGUGAGGGCAUAGAGAAAGGUUGCCAACUUGGUUUACAAGCACUAUAAUGCUCCAGUUUUCUAGGGAUUGAAAGGAAAUAUUAACAGGUGUUCAUUUCUACAUACCAAGAUUCUGCAAAGGGGUCAGAGGAAAUAUAUUUACUCCUUUUUUUCAUUGUUCAUCUGGCUUUUCUUCAUGUGAUCUCUACUGCUUCAGCAAUCCACAUAUAGAAAUGUUUUGGAGUUAAAGCUUCUGACAUGGAGCACAUUUCAAAAUAAAUCUGCGCAGUCUAUC